CGAGAUCAGGUAUUCUAAUCUGGCCAUGGCCAGAUUUUUGUAUGAGACGUACAGUCCAACAUCAACAUCGAGUCCCUAGGAAUCGUCCUCGUGAUUGUCUUUAUUUCUGUGUUGAUCAUGACUCUAAAUUCAAACCUUCCACAAAACCUCCCCUUUUAAAAUUUUUCUAAUUUGGCAACAUCCACACUUUAAUUGAUGCUCUGCUCUUCCUCUCCCUACGCACAUAGAGGUAGUUGCUGAUAGCUCAGCUCUCCAGAAGCAUCUCCACACACAGACCCAUACCCACACCCAGAGAGAGACAGAGAGAGACAGAGAGAGAAAAUCAUAAAAGAUGGCCAUUAGCUUCUCUUCAUAUGAACAUGCAGAAGAAGAAGAAGAAGAAGAAGACGACUACAUAGACAUAGAAGUGAGUUCCUCCACUGCAUUCUUGUGCUACAACAUCAGCUCUCCUCCUCAGCACACAGAGUUUGAGUUCCAUAUGUCAUUAGCUUCUCUUGACAAGGAACGCUCAACCUCUCCAGCUGAUGAACUCUUCUAUAAAGGGAAGCUUCUACCCCUUCAUCUCCCUCCCCGUCUUCAAAUGGUGGAAAAACUCCUCGACCACAAGCAUCAGAACUCCGCUGCUUCUUCUACUGAUGACAGAACAAGAACAGAGCCCACCUCCAAAGAGAACUAUUCCUAUUCCACUCCCUUCACCACCACUUGCAGUACCCCCUUUGAGUCCUGCAGCGUUUCUCCCUCCCAGUCUUGCCUGGUCAGUGGAGAACUCAACCCCGAGGAGUACCUUUUGGAGUGCCCCAAAAAGAAGCCUUGGUCCAAGAAGCUCAAAUUGAUCAGGCAUUCUUCACUGGGUCUCAAGUUGAAAGCUUCCCGGGCUUAUCUAAAGUCUCUGUUCAGCAAAUCUGGUCGUGCCGAUGAAACCUCUGCAGAGGGUGCCGAUGAAACCUCUGCAGAGGCUGCCAGGAAUGGGGACGAAGCGACCAUCUCCAAAGCCAAGGAGUGUUUGAACAGGUACAUGAAGGUGACAAGGAAGAACCCGUUUGGCCAAAUUCACAGAGAGAGGCACCAAGUGGAGGAUUCACUCAUGGCGGGGAAAGAGAAGUUGAUGGAUGAGGUUGGUGGUGCUGAUGGCCAUAGGAGGUCGUUCUCGGGGGUCAUCAAACGUCACCCAGUAAUCAAGUCCUCAACCUCAUCUUCAUCGUCAUUUUCGUGUAAUCCAAAUGGGUAUUAUGAGUUUCAGUUCCUUAAGAGAAGCAGCAGUGCGAAUUCAGAGAUUGAGAAGUCAAUUCAGGGAGCAAUUGCUCACUGUAAACAGUCUCAGCAGUUUAGUUCGAGAAAGACGGUGAAGGAAGAUGGGUUUUGUUUAUUCUCUGCUUCAAGGAUUGCAGUUCGUGAGAAUCAAGAGAGGCCAGGACACUGUAGGGGAUGAUGAUGUUGAUGAUUUCAAAUUAAAAUGAACCCCAUUAGUAAUUUAGAAUGGGAGAAGAAGAAAGGCCCCUCCUUUAAAAGCCUUGAUUGCUUUCAGAUUUCUUUUGCUUUGCUUUUAUUUCCUCCUAUUGAUCCUAUGGAAUAAAUCUAUCAAAAAUCUCUCCUCAGGUCUGCAAAUUCUAUUGCAGAUGACAGUUGACCUUAGGGAUGGGGUAAGUGGGCAAUUUCUGUAUAUGAACCUGUUAUCCUUUGUAAUUCACUUCUGGGGUUCUGGCCUUUGGCCUUUGCCUCAGCUGUUGAUGUUCUAAGUAUAUUCUACUCUGAUCUCUCAUCUUUUGAUAACAUCAUGGGUUAUGUAUGAAAAAAGAACAUGGAAGAAAAACAAAUUUUCACAGCCUAGUCACCCUCUUAAUUAUGCCAACCUUUUCAGAGAAUUUACCUGUCCUAGCUAGUGUGAUGGGUAUCUUGAAAAGUGAAUUGAGGGGAAACUUUUCUAGUCUUUCUGACUUACUCCCAUGUAUCCUGUCUCUUCUGAAAUAUAUUCCAUAACAUUAAUUCUUUUGGC